AUGGCGGCGAAAGAGAGAACCGCCGCGCUGCCUGCCGGGAUAUGGGCCGGGAAGGACAGGCCGCGGGUACCGCCUGAGCCGGCAAAACCGAGGCGGCCCCGGCGGGGCGGGCGCACCGGCCCCCAGCGCCGUCCCGCGGCCCGUCCCCUCGGCCCCUUCCUCCCCCGGCUGGCGAUCCGGGGAGAGGCGGCUCCAGCCCCCGCCGCCGUUCAGGCACUCGCCUGGGCAGCCCCGCCAGGCCCCCGGGGCGUGCUGGUCGCCAUGGAAACGGGCGCCGCCGCGGCCCGCAAGAGCACAGAGACUGAAGAAAUGGAAAAAUUCACUCAUCUAGAAGCUCUGCUUUUUACUGCUGUGCUGGAGAACUGUGUUGAUCAGCUCUCAAUUCUUGGAUAUAUCAUGCCGGUUUCGUAUGAGGGCAAGACAGACAUCAGCCAUACCAGCAUCCAGGAAACAAAGGAAAUCACAGAGACCCAGAAGGAGCUGGACAUUAACUACCAAGAGCUUACAUCAGCAGGGCAAGGGAGUGGGGAAACAGUUACCUCCAUGUCUCUGAAAAGCAUCAAACACAAGCAGCAGCUGCAGAAAACUGAAAAUCUAAAAUGUGCCCAUCAUCUUCCCAAUAGGGCCAUGAAACACAGAGCUCUGUCUCUAGAGAAGCUCAGAAAAAUUCAGGCUGACAGGCAGUAUGCAAGUGAUGUAAUUACAGUCACUAUGAAAAAGAUGCAGGAAUCAGGAACAUUUAAUAGCCUAAUGGAAGCUAAUGAGAGAGAGAAGGCAAAAAAGAACAAGUUUCAUGACUUCCUCAUCAGGGAGGAGGAAGGAAAGAAGGAGAUAAAGUCACUCGAGAAACAGCUGCAAGACCUCAAGAAAGAAACUGAAAUAGAACUUCAGAACCGAGAUAAUGUGAUUGUCUACCUCAAAGAUGAGCUUCAAGAGAUGAAGGCCAAAACAAACAUGGAGAGCUGCUACAUGAAGAAAAGCACAGACCUCCAGGUCCACCAAACCCAGAAGUGCAGCAAUGCAGAGAAUGUCCUAGAAGAGGAAAUUCAGAAGUUGAAGAGCCAAACUGAUGAGGAGAUUCGAGUCCACAUGGAGAUUGAAAAUUUCCUCAGGCAACACCAUAAGAAGGUGGAAGAGAAGCUGGAAUUCUGGAUGGACAAGUAUGAAAAUGACACAGAGGCUAAAGAGAAAGAACUGGAUGCCCUAAAAGCAUCAAAGGCAAACAACUUGGAAAUGCUGCAGAGACUGGCCGAGGAGUGCCAGAUGUUCGAGGAAACCAUCAUCAGUGACCGAGCAGAAAAGAAGGCUAAAAGAACACAACUAGAGCGGGAUGCCCUGGAGCUGAAGAGCAUCCUGAAGCUGCAAGCCUGGUGGAAAGGUACAAUGGUCCGCAGAAACCUUGGCCCCUACCAGGCCCUCAGGAAGAUUCGGGAGAAAAAGCAGAAAGGGAAAAAUGAAAAAUCUGGAGCAAAGAAAAAGACACGAUAAGUAAAGAAGGUGGCCACAGACAUGUUCCAGGGCUGCUGCCGGGCAGGGCGCUGCCGCCUGUCUGUCUGACAGGAGAAAAUAAACUAUGUUAACAGAGCUCGGGCUGUUCUAGAGAACACAGUUCACGACAGGCACAGGUGAGGUGAAGCUACAGGAACUCUUAAGAUCUUGAAAGUGCCCUUGUACAGCUGAGACACAGUUUCUCCACCUGAAAGGAGGCGUGCAUCAAAGCAGCGACAAACGCUGUAUCCCCCAAAGUGCUUUACGGAAGCAUGACAGCUGGCGGGAGGCAAUUAACAGCCCGGUAACU